UUCAUUUUACGUAAGAAUUUUGGUACCGAAGCGUUUAUUUACUUGCAGAGUUGAAGAAACGUCAUUCAAAACGCGCAGUGCAUUCAAGAAAUAAUGAAGUGGUUUUUGUUCCUGAUGACAAUUGCCAUUUGGCAAUUCGUCCAAGUAACAGGUAAUCCUGUGAGUCAACGGAAACCUCGAGAUCUGCCAAAUCCAAUUACGAUUGAUUAUCUGCUCAAAGCGUUGGGUACAGGUAAUUGUACGAGUAUCCCGGAUGUAUCGACACAUUCAACGAUGCCGCUUAUAAAUUCGAUCACAAUGCAAAUAAAAAACUUCUGCAAAAUGUACGUGCUAACAAUAGCACGAGAAGAUGCAAUUAAAGGAAAAAGUAACGAUGAAAACGAUGAUGAAGACGAUAAUAAAGAUGAUAAUAAAGACGAUAAUAAAGACAAUAAUAAAAACGAUAAUAAAGAUAAUGAGACAUCACAUGAGAAUAUUCAAGAAGAUACAAGUGAACAUAUAGAUGAAGAUAAUAAGACAUCACAUGAGAAUAUUCAAGAAGAUACAAGUGAACAUAUAGAUGAAGAUUAUGAGAUAUCACAUGAGAAUAUUCAAGAAGAUACAAGUGAACAUAUAGAAGAAUUACCGAGACGCAUAUUGUCUUUCCUGUUUUAUUGGGGUAGAGGAUAAGAUUCUUUAUCUGUUCUUUAAUCUGUAAGAGUAAUUAAAUAUCUUCAAGAUUGUAUAUACAUCUUAAAAAUAAUAUCGUACAUUCGAUGUGUUUUUGAAUGUGUUUUCUUACUUUACAGCUGUAAU